CUAAUGCACAAACACCUCUAUGCUGAAUUUUUAAUAUUGCGUAAAUUGUUGAUAGCCUUCAAUAGACACAAUGAAAAUCAUUGGUGUUGAUCUGACCGACCUAGGAACUAAGAAUGUUUUGGCUGCAGCUGCUUUUUACAAUGUUUCAUACGACUUCACGCUUGCAAAAGGGGGCUGCUGCAGCUCAGAGGGCAAGAAGGAUGAAUUCAGUGAUGUGAAACCAUCGGUGAGCGUUGAGCUGUCUGGAGGUUUGGGAUCUUUCUGUGGAAGCAUAUCUAUUUCGCGACACUUGAUGGAAGAACACAAAAAGGGGUCGGCACCUGAAGAACUCUUUGCUCGUAGUGAUAUUACAUCAUGGAUGGAGUUCUUCUACGAGCGUUUGGAUGUUGGAAGCAGAUGCCAAGCAGUAACGAAGGUGGUCCAUGGAGAUCAUUCCGAAUUGGCCAAAUGUAUAAGAGCCAUUGAUGCAUUCCUUUUGACACAUACCUUUCUUGUCGGUGAAGCACUUUCCCUCGCUGAUGUGGUAUGCGCUAUUACAGUGGACCACUUGAUUUCUAUCUCUAAAUUGGACACCGAAUAUCUGGCAAGCCGUCUUCUAAAUCUGUCCCGCUUGAUACGCACUGUUAAGGAAAGUGAUGUAUAUGCUGCGUAUCACAAAAAAUUGGCUACACUGAACUCAGGAGUGGCAAAUGAGUCUGGUUUCGUCAUUGAUACAUGGAAGAAGACCUACAGCAACUGCAAAGGUGACCUAGAAAAGGAAGUGAUGCCAUGGCUCUGGGACAAUUUUGAUAGUGACAAUUGGAACUUUUAUUUCAUGAAGUACAAUAAAUUGGACGAUGAAUGUAAAUCUGAAAUUACAACUUCGAACAUGUUGAGUGGUUUUCUUCAACGGUUUGAGCCAGAUUUCAGACGUAUUUCUUUUGGUGUCAUCAAUGUAAUGGGAUCUGAUAACAGCUACGACAUUAUGGGAGUAUGGCUAAUCAAAGGUAAAGAUCUUCCACCGAGUGUAACUGAACACCCGUCAUUUGAAUUCCACACAUUCUCAAAAUUAGAUGUCACAAACGAAAAUGAUCGUAAGAUUAUCACCGAUUACUUCUGUGCUGAGGACAGCAUUGGCGGUGUCUUGAUUGCCGACGCCAAGGUCUGGAAGUGAAACGACUGGUAAUGGUGUUGUCCUUUAUAUCUUUCGUAACAUGGGAUAAUAAUCGAGUGCAGUGGUUGUUAUAUCACAGUUUGUUGUCAGAGGUCUAGUCUAG